CAAGAUGGCGGACGUGGCGGGCCCCUCCCGCCCCGGCGCCGCGGCGUUCUGGACCCGGGACUUUUCUGAUGAAGAACAAUCAGUAGUAUAUGUUCCAGGAACUUCUACAGAAGAGAAUAUCAGAUCAAGACACAAGUUGCUAAGUCCAAAAGCUAAUGUUAAACUUAAGACUUCCAGGGUGAAUGCAGCCUCAGUGUCCAUGGACUCUUUAAAAGGUGCAGGAGAUGCGAUAGAUGAACGGAAUUUCUGCAGAGGUGGAAUAAAAAGUGCAUCAUUGAAGGAUUUAUGUCUGGAAGACAAAAGACGGAUAGCAAACUUAAUUAAAGAACUGGCCAGAGUAAGUGAGGAAAAGGAAGUGACAGAAGAAAGACUCAAAGCUGAGCAGGAAUCAUUUGAGAAGAAGAUCAGGCAGUUGGAAGAACAGAAUGAACUGAUCAUCAAAGAAAGGGAAGCUCUUCAGCUACAAUAUAGAGAAUGCCAAGAACUUUUAAGCCUAUAUCAGAAGUACCUAUCAGAACAGCAAGAGAAGCUCACCAUGUCUCUCUCAGAACUUAAUGCUGCUAGGAUGCAGAAACAACAGGUAUCCAAUAAGAAAAGUACUCUUCAGUCUUCAUCUGUGCAAUUGGAAGGUUCCUAUUUGAGUGUAGCCAAACCACAGACCUGUCAAACCAAGCAAAGGCCUAAAUCUGCGAACCAGGAGUCAGCUGCAGAAUCCUUUAUGGAUUUUAGGAAUAAUUCUUUGAAACCAGCAGUCCUUAAUUAUCCCAAAGAAGACCUAGACACGGUACUGUCAGAGAGCAGAACAUGUAAUUGUGGGUCCCCUGGCAAAAAAAUAGUAGAUGCAAUCCCUACAAAGAAGAUUCCACCAGAGGACCUGAAAAUGAAGGAAUGUCCAUGCCUUAAGCAUACUCUGUCUAGUCAGUGUUAUGGUCAUAGACUUUCAGAAAAUGCAGAUCAUUUUCACGAAAGCCAACCGUCAGUUAUAGCCCCUCAGUAUUCCAAGACACAUCUGGAAUCAUGCAGUUACUGUGGGCUUUCAUGGGCGUCUCUGAUGCAUGACCAAGGGGCACUGCAACCUAGUGAAGAAAUUGAUAUCAAAAAGCAGCUAUCAGAAGAUAGAAGACAGCAACUUAUGCUUCAGAAAUUAGAACUUGAAAUUGAAAAGGAACGCCUUCAGCACUUGCUAGCCCAGCAGGAAGCAAAGCUUCUCCUAAAACAGCAGCAACUUCAUCAGUCUCGACUGGAUUACAAUUGGUUAAGAACUCAAGCUGUGUUUACAUCAAGAGAACUGGUUGCUGAUAAAGAAUUUACUAAACCCAGAGAACUCAAUCUGAAUAUGAAUGGAAGUGACUCUGGACCAAGCCUAUUGACAUCAAGAUGUGAUGGCUGGCUGCCUGGAACAUCACCAUCCAUCAAAAAAUACCAAGACGCCACUAGCAAUGGAGAGAAUAAGAGGGAAAAGAAGACAGUUGGGUUUCAGUCACAGGUAGAAGAUGAUGCCCUUUGGACAUGUCAAAAGAAAGAUACAUAUAGACCCCAAAAAGGAACAAUGACAGGAGUAAGAAAAGAUGCAUCUACAUCACCCAUGACAACAGGAAGCCAAAAGGAACUUGCUACCACAGCUUCAUCAUCAUUCCAACAGGAUACCUCCCGGUAUGAAACAUCUCUGUUGGAUUUGGUUCAAUCUCUGAGCCCAAAAUCUGCUCUCAAACCUCAGCUUCUUCCCUCCAGACAAGCUGGGGCCUGGAAUCAUGGUACUUGCCAACCCAGAUCUCUCAAAUCAACCUGGAACAAGAUGGGGGUAGGCAAGACCCCCGAAGACCUGGAGGAGAAUCAAAUUCUGGAAGAUAUCUUUUUCAUUUGACACUGACGUUUAGGCCACAACCAUCUGAAAUGUAUGAAUUUUUUAU